UCGGGCCCCCGGAAGCGUUGCGGCUCCGCGGAGGCUGGUGCUGCGCGUCCCGCCUUGACGCUGCCUCUGCUGCUUGACGACGUUCGCGAGUGGGUGAGACGCAGGCGGCGGGGCCCCGGGCAGACCCCGCCGCAGUCCCGCCACCCGGCACCGUUGCGCCGCGCCCGCUCGUUGCUAGGCGCCGGGGGCGGGGCGCGCGGGGCGGGCGCCAUGGACCAGUACUGCAUCCUGGGCCGCAUCGGGGAGGGCGCGCACGGCAUCGUCUUCAAGGCCAAGCACGUCGAGACCGGAGAGAUCGUGGCCCUCAAGAAGGUGGCCCUGCGCAGGCUGGAGGACGGUAUCCCCAACCAGGCGCUGCGGGAGAUCAAGGCCCUGCAGGAGAUGGAGGACAACCAGUAUGUGGUGCAGCUGAAGGCCGUGUUCCCACACGGCGCGGGCUUCGUCCUGGCCUUUGAGUUCAUGCUUUCGGACCUGGCCGAGGUGGUGCGACAUGCACAGAGGCCACUGGCCCAAGCUCAGGUCAAGAGCUACCUCCAGAUGCUGCUCAAGGGCAUCGCCUUCUGCCAUGCCAACAAUAUUGUGCAUCGGGACCUGAAACCAGCCAACCUUCUCAUCAGCGCCUCCGGCCAGCUCAAGAUUGCGGACUUCGGCCUGGCCCGGGUCUUUUCCCCUGACGGCAGCCGCCUCUACACACACCAGGUGGCCACCAGGUGGUACCGAGCCCCUGAACUGCUGUAUGGUGCCCGCCAGUACGACCAGGGUGUUGAUCUGUGGGCCGUGGGGUGCAUCCUGGGCGAGCUGUUGAAUGGGUCACCCCUGUUUCCUGGGGAGAAUGACAUCGAGCAGCUCUGCUGUGUGCUGCGCGUCCUGGGCACCCCCAACCCUCAGAUCUGGCCGGAGAUCACAGAGCUGCCCGACUACAACAAGAUUUCCUUCAAGGAGCGGGCAGCCUUGCCCCUGCAGGAGGUGCUGCCCGACGCCCCGCCGCAGGCCUUGGACCUGCUGGGGCACUUCCUCCUCUACCCUCCGCGCCGGCGCAUUGCCGCCUCCCAGGCCCUCCUCCACCAGUACUUCUUCACGGCCCCCCUGCCUGCCCACCCCUCGGAGCUGCCCAUCCCCCAGCGCCCCGGGGCACCCGCCUCCAAGGCCCAUCCAGGCGCACCCCAUGUCCAUGACUUCCACGUGGACCGGCCGCUGGAGGACUCACUCUUGAACCCGGAGCUCAUUCGACCCUUUAUCCCACAAGGCUGAGUGGUGGGCCAGGGCCCCCAGGAUACCUCCAGGACCCCUAGGCCGCUUCCUCUGCUCUGCCUGACUGGGUCCCCAUGGCCUCUUCACCGCCACACUCACCUCCUCGGUUCCUGUGCCCGCCCCCGCAAGCGGCGUCUGGUCCCCCAGCUGCGGGCUCACUGCCUGGGCCGCUGGCAUCGGCCUGAGCGUCUGGUUCCCGGCCCUGCGUUCCUGCCCAGGGAGCGGAGGGAACAGAGUGGAGGCCGCGCCCUGGCCGCAGUGCAAGUGGCAGGACAGGCUUUGUGGAUAUAAACCCGUAAGCAGUUCUGCCCAGGGUCCGCUACUGAACGCUACUUUGGUGCGGGGAGCAACCUUUGGAGGUGAGGCGGCAGAAAGAAGCCGAGGCCUGGCAGGGACCCAGGGUGGGAUCCUGACCGACAUCAGCCCCCACAUGCUCAGGGGGCCCAGGCUCACAGAUGUUCCCCAGCAAGUAAGGGGGCGUUGUGAAGUCAGCCUAGCACAGGACAGGCCGGGUCAGCGCCUGUUCCUAGUGACUUGGUGAAUGGGCUCUCGGGCCCACUCGAGACCAGGACACAGGCGGGAGCAGAGCCGCUGGCCCUGUCUGACACCGACACAGUCGGGAAACUCGAGACCGAGAGAUUGGCUCGCGGUAGAUGAGACACAGGCUGAGUCUUCGUGAUCUUUUGUCAGGGUGUAAUUUGUGCCUCACAGAUAAAGGUCUGUAAGCUCUGAGGACGCAGGACGACAGUGCAGGCAGUGCCCUUAAUGCGUGUAGAGGGAACUCAAAAUAAACUCGUUUCUUUCAGGGAGAA